GGACGAUGGUGCACGGCGGGCGUGUUCCGGCUCAAUGCCGUCGCCACAGCACGGUUCAAUUGGACGCCGGCGCCGGCGCCGGCGCCGACCGCGCAGCUCGUGCUCCGUCGCGCCGCUAGCUCGCGCAUAUGUAACCGACCGAUAGAUACAUAGGAGGAAGCCGCCACUUCGCCGCUCCUGCACACCUGACCUCUCGCCGCCUCCGCCGCCGCCUCUCCUUGCCGGUCGUGGGUCUCCAGCGUCUUCGUCGGUCGCCAUGUCCGCCGCCGCCGCCGCCGGGGGGUUCCCCAACUGGGUGCUUCUGGAGCCCUACGUCUUCCGCAGGGACGAUGACGAGUCCUUCCCGGAUGAGACCCAUGCGCCCAUCAGGGCGUCCGGCACCACCUCCUGGGGCGCCGACUUCCGCAUCGCCUUCUCCCUCGCCGAGCCCCCGCUCAUCUCCCGCCUCUACGCGCAGCUGCCGGGCGUCCCGGGUCCCCGCAAGGCGAGGCCCUUAGCCAUGCUGAAGACCCACCGCCAUCUUGCCCUGCUCGUCGUCAUCUCCCCGACGUCUGAUCAACCUGUAAUUCACGACUUCUUCAUCUUCAGAGCCGACGAGAACAACCCUUCCUCAUCAUCCUCGCUUAGAUUGCUCCCCCAUUGUACCGACACCAAGUUUGAUUAUUCCCGCCGCGAUCACCGCCUACCUCGUCGUCGAUCUUCCAGUGCUACUCCCCGCCUGCUGAAUAUGCAUUCCUUGGGCCUAUGGUGCGGAGACAAAGAGGAGUUCGUGGUGGCACAGCUCAAUCUUUGCGUACCCACCAUUGGCCGCAGCCGCAUCAAGGCCUUCGCUGACAUCUGCUUGCUGCGCUCCUCCGAUCAGCUUGGCGGCAAUUGGGAGUCCAUGCGUGUGCCAAUCCUCAACCCCUCUGCUGAUGAUCUCUGGAAACUCUCCCAGUGGCAGAACACCGCCAUCAUCCCCUUCCAACGAUGGCUGUGCUGGAUCGACUACAAACGAGGCAUCCUCUUCUGCGACGUGUCCGGUAAAGUGCUCGCCCCUACCGUCUCCUUCCUCUGGUUCCCUGAGGACAAGCCCUCUCUUACCAGAACCCGCAAAAUAACCAUGUGCGGCACCAUCGCUGGCAUGUCUGUCGUCGACCACGGCCGUUUGCUCAAGUUCGUCAAGGUCGCCCGCGAUGAUGGCCGUUACUAUGAAGCGCUCAAACCCGGCACUGGCUUCACCAUCACCUGCCACACCCUCGUGUUAGCAGGCGGCAGCAUGGCGUGGAAGGAGGACUACACUGUCACCUCUGGUGACCUCCCUGACUGCUACCAACGCGGCAUCCCCAUGCACCCUCAAGUUGACAUUGACAGGCCGCAUGUGGUGCACUUCCUUUUCAUUGAGUUUUUUGGUUUAGCCUACGAGAAGAUGUCGGUGCUCUCCAUUGACAUGAGCACCAAGACCAUGGUGUCAUGUUAUCUGUAUAUGAAUGGGAAUGAGAUCCUUCGCCGUGGCGAUAAGUGCUGUCAACCCGACGUCGACAUUGACUUCGUCAUAUCAAAGUGCUUGGCUCCCUCUCCAUUGCCCUUCCCUGCUUGUGAGUUCCCCAGGUUCUGCAAUUUAUCAAGGAAGAGGAAGGAUAUGGAAUAAUGAGUCACGGCUGCCAAUAGUACUUCAUCCUACUUGUCGUGCUUUCUUCUAAAUGGUCAAAACUGAAGAAAGGCUUCUGUCCUGAUCUCUCGUCAACAAAACUGAAGGAGCUAUUUUGUGUUGUGGCCUAGGAAGCAUCUAUAUAUCUUAUGGUCUUUACUUUCAUGCUGUAUGAACGGAUAAGUUAGUUGUAUCAAGUCUAUCGUGUGUUCUGUAUGGUCGUCAAAAACAAGUUCGUCGUGUGUCCUGCUGUUUUAAGUACAAUCUUUAAGUUUGCUUGUGUUUAAUUUACCACGCACGAAUACCAGAGACUGCUUUGUGAUCGUUCCUGGA